CCGUACCAGAGGCGGCGACCCCGCGGAGAGUGGGGGAUCACCGACCUCGCGCGGCUCGCCUCCGGAGCGUCAUGCAGUCGCACGAAGCGAAGCGCCAGCGCGUGGAGAAACCGCGCGCGUCAUCCGAGAACGUUCUGCCGUUCCCCUCGACGUCCGUUGCGGAGACGAACGACGCGGACGAACGCUACGACGCGGACGCGAACAACUCGCCGUCGCGGCACACCCCGGGUCGCACGCCAGGGUUUAACAUCCAGCGCAGCAGAUCAUUUGGCGACCUCGGCGUCGAGUCCGCGGAGCGAGACGGGCUCGAACGCGGUAAAUCAGAACUCGCGACGUCGCCCGCGGACCGGGACGCGCGCGGGGAUGACGUUUUAGAUCCGCGCGCCGUCGCGCAGGCGCCGUCGUCUGUGCACGCGACGCCGCGACGCCGGCACAGGCGGGUGGACUCCCUCGGCGGCGAGGACAUCACGCUGAGCCCCGGCGAGCUGGGAGGGUCGCAGUACAUCAUGUCCCCCGGGGACGCGCUCGCGAACACGCUGUCGCGGAGCGAGAGCACGGUGUCGGACGGCCAGAGCGCGUUGCCGAGCAGCGUCGAGGAAGUCGCCGCGCUGGAGCUGAGGCAGCCGCAACGGCUGUACCCGAUUUUCGUGAAGGGCCGAAAGAUCGUGCACCUCGUCAGGCACGGCCAGAGCACGUACAACGAGGCGAUCAGCGGGCCGGGGUCGUGGGACGAGCCGAACAUAUUCGACGCGCCGCUGACGACGCUCGGCGUGAACCAAGCCAGAGGUCUCGGCGGGUUUCUAGCGAAGCUCCCGAAGGAUGCGGUGUGGGUGACGUCCGCGCUGACGCGCGCGAUGGAGACGUGCGUGCACGGGUACAAGUCCUCGCUCGAGGUGAAAUACGCGCAGAAGAGAAGAGCCGCGGCGGUGAACGAAGCCGCGGGCGGAACCGCGUGCGCGAACACCGCCGGGCGCCCGCCGCUCGCGGGAAGGAGCAAGAGCCGUCUCUCCCACGGCGGGAAAGGGUCCCGCGCCGCCGCCGGGAGAAGCAGCGACGAAAACGGAUACGCUGACGACGGAGGAUCCGAGGACGCGGUGCCGAUGGCGGGGACGACGCCCGCGCCUGGACGCGGAUGCCUGGAGGAUGCGGAUGCGGACGCGGGAGCGAGCGGCGGCAGAGCGGUCGCGAGGAUGCUCUCGGACGAGAAGACGCCCGCGCCGAUGGCGGCGAAGCGAACGCUGAGCGCGGAGCUCGGCGAGCUCGCGCCGGACGCCGUCGGCGCGUCGCCGUCGGAUACGCUCGAGUUUGACGCCGCGGAGAUGGCCGCUUGGGGGGAACGCGUCAUCGUGCAUCCGCACCUCUCGGAGAAGGUGAGCACGUCCGGGGAUAUCGGGCGUAACAAAGGGAUCCUCAUGAACGAGUUCCCUUUGCUCGCGCUCGGGCUCUCGCGGCUGCCAGGGGACGUGUGGUGGUACAGUCAAGUGCACCGACCGAACGACGCGGAGCGAGAGACGUUUCAGUCGCACGAGCCGUCGCACAAGUUUAAGGAACGCGUCGAUCGGUUCCGGCACUGGCUGAUGAGCCGAGAGGAUAAGGUUUUCGUGGUGUUCGGACACUCCACGUUCUUUAAAGAGCUGACGGGCGGGCACAAGAGCAUGAAGAACUGCGAGGUAUUCUCCUAUCACUUGUGACGAGCACAGAGGGAACGAAAAAAGAGCGACGGCGUCGACGACCAGAGAUUUCACCUCUACCUCUCGACGUCGAACGCUGGAGAGGGUCCGAGUGCGUCUUCUAGCAGAAGUACUUUGACGAUGAAGGGAAGCUUUUACU